GCGUGUUCCCUCCGAUGAUCCAUCUUCUUCCCCCUCCCCUCGUGCUCUGCUCUGCUCCUCCCGUCACCACGUCUUCGGCUCUUCCCCCUCCCUCCCAACCCCGUCUCGUCUCAUUCACAAGUGAGACGAGACGACCAGGAAUUCUUCCUCCUCCCUCGUCGUCUCGUCUUCUCACCAGCGUUUCGUGGACCAAGUGAAGAAAAUUCGGGCGCAGACAAAUACUACUGUAUGUCUAUAAUAAUAGUACUAAAAGAAGCAGUCUUUGCUUCGCAGCUUCUUGGUUGGUGACCCAGCAGAGGAGGAGUGGGGGAGAAAAAUAUCAGCCGAGCUCCCACCUUUGACCGCUGCCGCCGCCGCCGUGCUCGCUGCAUAGCCCCGCAGGCGCAGCCCCCGAGCUUUCUCUUCCCCCGUCUCUUCCCGGAUCGGAGCUCCCUUCCCCGGGACAUCGCCGGCCGCCUCCCCUCGGAUCAGCUCCACCUCCGCAAGAUAGGCGAGGUCCUGCUGCAUUGCAGCAAUGAGGUGCCUGCCUUUCUUGCAUGGAGAGGUCAAAGGGGAGGAUCCUGUCACCAUGUCUGCAUCUGUACGGUCCAUCAGCACAACAUCAACGGAGCGUGAUGUCCGCUCCGGUUCAGACUUCACCUCCUUGAAUGUAUCCGACAUGAGCGCCGAGUCAAUAAGGAGGACACAGUACCCCAGCUUCACUGACCGGCCGUCUAACCUGAGGGUGUUCUCCUUCUCUGAAUUGAAGAGUGCCACGCGCAACUUCAGCCGGUCACUCAUGGUUGGCGAGGGUGGCUUUGGCUGUGUGUACAGGGGCAUCAUCAAGUCAUCUGACGAACCUAGUGAACGAAUUGAGAUUGCUGUUAAGCAGUUGAAUCGUAAAGGACUUCAGGGGCAGAAGGAGUGGUUAACAGAGAUGAAUGUGCUUGGAAUUGUUGACCAUGCAAACCUAGUUAAAUUAAUAGGCUACUGUGCUGAUGAUGAUGAGCGGGGAGUACAACGCCUUCUAGUGUAUGAAUAUAUGCCUAAUGGAAGUGUGGACGAUCACUUGUCGAGUAGGUCAACGUCAACUCUAUCAUGGCCUAUGAGACUAAAAGUAGCUCUUGAUUCUGCCCGGGGACUGAAGUAUCUGCAUGAAGAAAUGGAAUUCCAGGUCAUUUUUCGAGAUCUGAAAACAUCUAACAUUCUGUUGGAUGAGAACUGGAACGCCAAAUUGUCAGACUUUGGUUUGGCUAGGCAUGGACCAACGGAAGGUCUGACCCAUGUCUCCACAGCGACAUGAAGAACAGAGCCAAAACUUUUGAGAAUGGGAACUCAAGUAAUACAAUGGUGUGGCUUCAUCAAAACAUUAAGAAGUAGUAAUUUCAUUUCUCAAGCAGCUUCAGAAUCUAGCAUAUUGUAGCCAAAUUACAAGGGCAAGAAAAAAGUUGCCUAUUUUUGUGUGGGUUGGUGCUAUCAGUCGUGUGUACACCCUGUGGUUGGUUUAUGGUCGUGUUCCUGCGUGGGCAAGUCAAUUAUUUCGAUAGCCUCUUGUAUUUUUUUUUUCCUUUUGUUAUCCUGCUUUCCUUCUAAUAAACUUUCACGGCAAAACUCUUGUCGUCAUUUUGGAAAAAAAAAGUACUGGAGUUUUGGUUUAAACCAUGUUUGCGAAGUUGCCAGCUACCACAACAAACAAUUCAAUAGAGGACUUUCAGGGUUCACCCUGUUUGAUGGUUC